GAGGGACAAGGAGUCUCUCUCUCUCAUCUCGAGAGAUUCUCAAAGCAAAUCUGACCAGAUAGCAACAUGACCUCUUUCCCUCUCUAGACUCUGUCUUUCUUCACACGUUCUAUACUUUUCACGCAAUCAUUCUGUUCGUCCUUGCCUGCAAAACAUCUCUACGAGCAGUUUCAUGACAGAAGUCGACGACCAGAAUUUUAUCAUAAUGCCUUCUGGAGCUCUGCCUUUCUCAUUUUCUUCCUCUCCAUUCAAAGAACGCAAGACUCGUGAUGAAGAGGAGGACAUUAGCAGAUCGCUCCUUGCCGGCAGAGAGAGCUUCGAUCAUGCUCCCCCUAUCACGGAGCCAAAGCUAUCUUCGCGCUCCAAGCCUAGCCCCCCUCAAGGGCGAAAUUAUCGCAAAGCAGCAUGCUUAAAGUCACUGAGACGCAUUGGGGUGUUAUCACUGUAUAUCCUGACCAUCGGUCUCGCCUUCAAUGGUCUCUAUCACCUUUUGAAACCCUUGGGUGGCCGGAUGCGAGUGGCUUUGGGAAUGCCAGUUGAGGACCUAUCCUCUUGCUCUUGUGGAUCUUCUCUGCUCGAAGCCAUGGCUCGAUCCUGCCGCUACGAUACAAUUGCAGCUGCUUGGCUACCACCGCAUUGCCGCGACGAGGUGCUGGCAGCGCAAUUUGAUGCUACUGGGCCUGGUGCGGACGGCGCCUGGACUUAUUACGCCGACGAAUUCGGCCGUACCAGUAUCUCGACGGAGGAGAUAGCUCUGCUACCGGCGAACGACUCUCAAGACUACUUUUUCACCACUCACCGCUGGCAUGUCUUGCAUUGCAGCUAUUAUUGGCGAAAGAUGUAUCGGAUGGUCCACGCCAUGGAGGGUGCGGCAAAGCAGAUCGAACAUCGAUUUGAUACAGAUGGAUAUAUCGCACACUGUGAGAUGAUUUUUUUGAAAAGAGAUGCGCUGGAUAGUAUUGCGACUGGGAGCAGGGUGAGUUUGAACACAGACAUUGUUGUCGUGAAGGAGGAUUAGAGCAUAAGAAAGAGAAAGUUUGAUUUUGAGAGAGGUGUGCACUGAGGACCGAAGACUUGAUAGCACAAAUCCUAAGAUAGUCAAUGAAGAGAGCCUCUGGUUUUUCA